AUACAGUAGGUCCACGUACUCGCAUGGGCUGGAGACGUAACAUGUAUAAACUGCCCACUGACCGGAUCUGCUAUUUAACAGGUGUAGCGGCAAGUGCAACAGUGUCGUUUUUAGAUAGAUCUAGUCCGGGACUAUGCGCUCAGUCUGGGGUUUAAUUGCCUUGGUGGCCACGGCAACUUUUUACUUGUAUCUGCUGUCUGCGUUCCUGCCGCCGGGUCCGCGUGCCGCCCGACUUCGCGACGCUCAACCUCAACACACCGCCGAUCAUCCGCACGAGGAAGAACUCAGGUUGAAGUUCCCGUCUGAUCUGGACGAGUUGAGGGAACUAGCCGAGCUGCUGCAGUUCUAUAAGACAGAACACACUGGAUAUGUGUUCAUCCUCUUUUGCAGUGCCUACCUCUACAAGCAGUCCUUCGCCAUUCCAGGCUCAUCCUUUUUGAACAUGCUGGCGGGGGCAUUGUUUGGGCCGUGGCAUGGACUCCUCAUUGCCUGCACUUUGACUACUGUGGGUUCCACCAACUGCUACCUGCUGUCCCGUACAUUUGGCAAACGCCACAUCAUCAGGCUCUUCCCUGAGAAGGUGGCGAUGCUGCAGAGAAUGGUGGAAGAGAACAGGAGUAGUUUGUUCUUCUUCUUGCUCUUUCUGCGGUUCUUUCCCAUGACACCAAACUGGUUUCUGAAUAUCACCUCUCCAAUCCUCAACAUCCCCAUCCCUAUAUUCUUUUUUUCCAUCCUCAUUGGUCUAAUCCCUUAUAAUUUUAUCUGUGUCCAUACGGGUGCCAUCUUGUCUGAGAUCCAAUCUUUGGACGAAAUCUUUUCUUGGAGGACCCUGUUUCAGCUCCUGUUGAUCGCAUGUGUGGCUCUGCUUCCUGGAGCUCUGAUACGCCGCUAUAGUCAGGCACACCUCAAACUUGACGGCCUGGAACCCAAUGGACACCCAAAGGUCCUGAAUGAUCGGAAGACUAGAUGAACCAAAGACACACAGAAGAGGAGACUGUAGUCUGUUAAUAUGGGACUGAACAUUGGUCUGGAGUCACAGCUGAGGAUUUGGUUAUGAAUGUCUGAAUGCAGAGUGGAACUGACAUGGACAGAAAUAGAAAAUAAUAAUUACCAAAUGUCUAUAAUGAAGAUAAAGUGCAAAGGAAGAGACUAUUAAUGUCUUAAAAGAGAACACACUCAGAUUGCUGAUGUUACAUAUAUAACACGGACAUUGCCUCAUUAUAUAGGAAAAAGGAAUCUGACGGCCUAGCCUUUAAGUUUUUUUUAUUGAAGCCAAAAAUAUUUAUUUAUGUUUUCAAAUGUUGUUUAGUGACCGUUGUAGCUUUAUGUGUGUUUAUGGCUUUAUUUAAUUGUGGAAACAAAAUUCCAUAUGUUUUUUGAGUGUUUAUACAUUUUACCAAAAUAGAACUAAUGAUUAGUUACUUUCCCCCUAAAUGUACACAGAUAAAAUAGUAACCUAAAAUGAUCACAUCUAAUUAUCUGGUUUUAUUCAAGUCAAAAAGAUUAUUUAAUAUUGCUCAAUUAACCUAAAUACAUUAAUUUAUAAAAAUUUGAAUGGAUUAAAACAUGUAAAUAGCUCUAAGGUAACAAAAGCAGAUUACCACUCAUUUUCCACUUUGUGAAUUUUCUGCUCAAGUUCUGCACAUAAAAAAAAUAAUUUCUUACAUAAAAAUAUUUUUAUUUAAUAGUACUAGUUUUACUUAUACUGUAUUCAACUUUAUUUAACUUAAAAAGAGGCGGAGCCAUUUGUAACUUGAAUUUCGAGGCUUGCCAUGUCAUUUUUGUAGUUUUUCAAUUUCUACACUUGUUAUUCUUCUUGUUAUUACCUAUACCAGCUAAUGAAUCAGAGGAUUUGCAAAUUCACAAAAAAUUGCUUCUGCACUGAAAAAUAAGGUGCAUACCACUAAAGUGAUUUGUAAAGAUUAUUAGAUAUUAUUAUAUUCAUUAUCCUCAAGCGUCCUACUAUCAGGGUGUUCUUUUAUUUGCAAGUUAGUGUCAUGCCUUAAAUAUAGACUUGUGCACUGAUCAUUUACACGAUGGCCUAAAUAUUUUGGAGUUACACAGUACAGUCAGAGAUUGAUGACUUUGUCAUAUAUACAACUUAUUUUGUUAUACUUGCACAUGUGCAUUCAUCUCUAACAACAAAAAAUGCACACUACUAAUGACCUGUUUUAGACAGAUGGCAGUAUUAAUGCAGUGUAUUUAAAUUUACAUUAUAAAAUGGCACUGUAAAUAUAUCUCAUCCAUUCAGCUUCAGAUGCAGCUUAAACUUUACACAUUUGUACUAAUCAUUAGUUUGUGGUUGACUGUGCCAUGAAUGUAUCAAUUAUCAGCAUGUCACAGAAGCUGUAAAUUCUAGUGCUGUUUCUGUGGUGGAUAUAUGUAUCCUUUAAAAAACAAAAACAAAGAAUUUCCAUUGCAAUUUCAUUGUAUCUACAGGUGCUAAUUGAUUAAGUAAUUACUGCAUUACAGUAGCUGUCCUGUUUUAAGCCAUUUAUGGAAAGAUAAAUCAAUGUCUUAAUGUUUACAUAAGUUAAGGUUUAGUUUUUGUAUUAAAAACUGCUGGUUUUAAUUCUGUUAUAACCAAGUUAUAACUGCUGUUUCAUGCAGUUUAAAUUCAAAAAUAAAAACAUUUGAAACCAUUUAACAUCUUAUUGUAACCUAUAUGUUAAAUUAUGUGAAAUGGAUGUAUACAUGGUAAAAUUGCUGAAAUGAGUGAUAUAAUUAUACCAUAUUGGCAGCUGAAAGCAUAAUAAAAUUAGCCAAACUAUUUCUA